AUGGAGAGAAGAUAUCCAAAGAUCACUCCUCUUAGGAAUACACCUCAGGCUGUAAUGGCUGCUUAUUUAUACCUGCUGGUUCUGGCAGCGCUCGCCUGCGUUGGCCGCGGAGCAUCCAGUGCUGCAGACACGGCGUGCACCGAGAUUACAGUCAAUAAAAGCUACAGCUGUGAAGGUUUAGGCCUGACAGAAAUUCCUGACCAGCUACCCACCACCACGGAAAUCCUCGACUUCAGCUUCAACUUGCUUCCCACCCUCGAGAAUUUGACCUUCUCCAAGCUGAACAGGCUGCUGUACUUGGAUCUAACAAGGUGUCAGAUCAGCUGGGUGUACGAGGGUGCCUUCCACAACAACCCCCGGCUGCACACCAUCGUGCUCACUGGAAACCUGCUCCUGUUCCUGUCCGACACCGCGUUUGUUGGCCCCCAGGCCCUGAGGCAACUUGUCUUAACACAGACAGGAAUAAGCAGACUGUCCUUUAUCCCUAUGACAAAUCUCGCCAACUUGGACACUCUCAUCUUGGGCAGCAACCACAUCUCUUCCCUGCAGCUGCCUCCCAGCUUUCCGACUCGGAACCUCCGCUACCUCGAUUUCCAAAUGAACAACAUAAGAACAAUCACAGCAGAAGAUGUCAGCGUCCUGCAGAAGACCAGUAACUUAACUCUCAUCUUUAAAGGCAAUGACUUUUUGUACAUUGAACCCGGAGCUUUCCGGUCCAGUUUCUUCAGUGUGGAUUUUGGGGGCUGCAUCAACAUCCCUGGGAUCUUGGCGGGGAUGCAGAACUCCUCGACCCGCACCCUUUGGCUGGGAACAUUUAACGACGUGGAAAAAGAGUCCUACCUGAGCCCUGACAGCUUACAAGGCCUCUGUAAGGUCACUGUGCAGGAUCUCUAUCUGCAGCUACGGCACUUUGAAAGCCUGAACGCCGCCACGUUUCACUGCAUGACGCAGCUGCGGAAGCUGGACCUGACCCACACGCACCUCAGCGCGUUGCCCGCUGGCAUCGGCGGCAUGACGGCGCUCACGGAGCUGGUGCUCAACGAGAACUCCCUCGAGCACCUCUGCAAUGCCAGCGCGGCCGCCUUCCCCGCCCUCACACACCUCCGGCUCCGAGGAAACGUGCGCAGGCUGCGGCUGGGCUCGGGCUGCUUGCAGGGAGCGCCGAGACUCCAACACCUCGAUUUAAGCCACAGCCGCAUUGACAGCUCCGAGUGCUGCAGCCAAGCGCUGCGCGGGCUCGGCGCCCUUCGCUACCUGAACCUCAGCUACAACUCCCAGCUGCACGUGGGCGACCUGCUCUUCAGGGAAGGUGCCAACUUGGAGGUGCUGGACGUAGCGUUCACUCAGCUGCACAUCAGCACUUCAGAGGGGCCUUUCCGAAACCUCCAUCUCUUGCAAGUCUUGAAUCUUUCCUCCUCCCAGGUCAACAGUAGCAUUCCACAUCUCUUUCAAGGUCUGGAAAAGUUAAUGGUCCUGGACAUCAGUCGGAAUAUCUUAGAGUCAGGGAUCAUGCCAAAGAGCAAACUGCUUCAACAGUUAACCAAUUUAGAGGUACUGAUUUUGGCAUCCUGUGAAUUGACAGCAAUAGAUGGCCAAGCAUUUCACUCCCUCAAGAGGUUGAGGCACGUUGACCUGAGACACAACAAACUCACUACAGUCAGCGCAGAUGCAUUUUCCCAUCUUAAGAGCAUCUAUCUCAAUUUUGCCCACAAUCGGAUUCAGAUUAUAUCCCGUGACAAGCUAGUGUCCCUACCCAACCACAGUGUCAUCAAUUUAAGUUACAAUCCUUUGCAGUGCACUUGCUCCAAUAUUGGUUUGAUCACUUGGUACAAAGAGAAUCUGGAUAAAAUUGAAGACCCUGAAGAAACAACGUGUUCUGAACCCAAAUCACUAGCUGGUGCUCAGCUGUCUACUGUGACUGUCUACUGUGGGAUCAGCACUAUGGGAAUCAUUGCAGCUGUGCUGGGUAUUUUGUUCUGUGUUGCCAUCUUCAUCUGGAGCGCUUGUUCUUUCAGGCGAAGAUACCAGCAAAUCUGAGGUUUACAGCAAUUCGAUUAGGAUGAAAAACAACCCACAGGCUUUGUUCCUUGCCUGUAUUUUGUUUAACUUUUUAAAUACUUUUUCAAUUUCCAUU